CAGAGGAGAAUGACAGCCAAAAACUCCUCUGUGACGGAGUUCAUCCUCGCAGGCCUGACGGACCAGCCAGGGCUCCAGGUCCCCCUCUUCUUCCUGUUUCUAGGUUUCUAUCUGGUCACCAUGAUGGGGAAUUUAGGUUUGAUAAUCCUGAUUGGAUUGAACGCUCACCUGCACACCCCCAUGUACUUCUUCCUCUUUAAUCUAUCCUUCAUAGAUUUCUGCUAUUCUACUACAAUCAUCCCAAAAAUGUUGACAAGCUUCAUCUCAAGGAAGAACACCAUCUCCUAUGCCAGGUGCAUGGCUCAACUCUUCCUCUUUUGCUUCUUCGUCAUCUCUGAGUCCUUCCUCCUGUCAGCUAUGGCAUACGAUCGCUAUGUCGCCAUCUGUAAACCAUUGUUGUACACAGUCACUAUGUCUCCCCAGAAGUGUUUGCUCCUUUUGUUGGGAGUCUACGGAAUGGGCUUCACUGGGGCCAUUGCCCAUAUAGGAAGCAUAUUGAGCUUGUCCUUCUGUGCUGACAAUUUUGUCAACCACUUCAUGUGUGACCUCCUUCCUCUCCUUGAAAUAUCCUGCAACAGCUCUUAUGUAAAUGAGCUGGUGGUUUUUGUUGUUGUAGCCAUUGGCAUUGGGGUACCUGUAUUCACUAUCUUUGUUUCUUAUGCACUCAUCCUCUCCAGCAUUCUUCACAUUCAUUCCAGUGAAGGCAGAUUCAAAGCUUUCAGUACCUGUAGCUCCCACAUGAUCGCUGUUUCUUUAUUCUUUGGUUCUGGUGCUUUCAUGUAUCUCAAACCGCCUUCCACUUUUCCUCUUAAGCAAGGGAAAGUGUCCUCCUUGUUCUACACCGUUGUGGUGCCCAUGUUAAAUCCAAUAAUCUACAGUUUGAGGAACAAGGAUGUCAAAGUUGCUGUGAGAAAAACCUUGUACAGAAAGAUGUCUCCCUAA